ACAAAUCCGAACAAGUUACUGAAAUUUCUACUCACAAAGCAGUUUUAAUGAUAGAUUAUUUUGAUAAAGCUGUUGUACCACCAGAAAAAGCUGCUGAAUUACAUACCUCAUUCAUUAACUUUCCUAAUGAAUGUUCAUCUAUUCCAACUAAAAUUAAAGAAAUAAUUACAAGUCGUCGACAUUUUCUUGAAAAUGAACAAUUCACACUUGUUCUUCGAUAUGUAGUUGAUGCAAUUGCAAAACUUGAAUCUAAUAAUAUAACUUUAGGUGAUAUAUUUGCAGAAUUAUUACUUAUUUAUAAAAAAUUAAAAUCAAGUGAAUAUGAAGAUUUUGAUUAUGGAUUGGUUGAGCAUGCAAAAGAUGUAGUUAAUUUUCGAGCAAAAGAAUUUGAUGAACCUAUAUAUAUAUUAUUUAGCAUUUUUUUUAAAUCCAAAAUUUCGCAAAAUCGCUAUAUUAAAAAACUAACCUUUAAUAAUAUGAUAGUUUAUGCAUUGACAUUUGCGCAAAUGUGGAAUUUUACACGUGAUCAAGCAUUACAAAUUUCACAAAAAUUAUUAUUAGACUAUUAUAAUAAUGAACCACCUUUUAACUUAACAACUUUAAAACCACAUGCAUAUUGGAAAAAGGUUUCUCAUCAAGCUGGGGCAUUAAAAAACCUAGCAUUAAAGAUAUUUGCUAUUCGUCCUCAUUCUGCUGAAGUUGAGCGACUUUUUUCACAUAUGGAUUUAAUGAAUGAAGAAGAUAAUGAGUUAGAAUUUGAUCAUAUUCAAGAAAUUUACUUAGAAUCGUUACCAAAUAAUUCAGAUUUAUUUCUGGAAGAGUUUAUCAAUUUUGAUGCUAUUGAAGAAUUAACUUCAAACGAAGUAAAAAAAAUUUCAGAUGAAGCUAAAAAUACAACAAAUUGGAC